AUGAAAUUUUGGAAAAAGAAAGAUAAAAGUAAAUUAACGUCUAAUAAUCCUUUCGAACAAGAUUACACUAGUAACAAUAGCAACGACACUUAUUCACAAAAUGUGACUGCUGUAGACAAUUCAAGUUAUCAUGGACGUUAUGGUAACACAACAAACUCGAUCAAGACAAGAGAUCCUAAUCAAGAUAGACAAAACUUAUUUGCUGGCUAUACUGAAUCCAAAGUCGCUCAUGAUACUAACGGCCAAGCAGAUAGAUAUCAAAAGAAUCAGUUUGCAGAAGACGAUGAAGAUGAAGAAGUGGUUCAAAUUAAACAACAAAUUCGUAAUGUUAAACAAGACUCAUUAGCUAGUACUCGAAAUGCAUUACAAAGGAUUAAUGAAGCAGAAGCUACUGCUGCUAAUACUUUAAACAUGUUAGGAACACAAUCAUCCCAAAUUGCUAAUGUGGAACGUCACCUUGAUUUAUCUAAAGCUUAUUCAGAUAGAGCCUCUGCUCAAGCAGGAGAACUAAAGCAAUUGAAUCGCUCUAUUUUUAUUCCAGUUGUUAAAAAUCCUUUUAAUAAAGAAUCUCGACAUAGGAAAGCAAUGGAUAAAAUCAACAAAGAACAUGCAGAACAUAUGGCUGAGAGAGAGAAUAUUCGUCAAUUUGAAUAUGAUUCGAGUGCAAGGAUUGAAGACGCUCAAAGAAUGGUUGCAAGAGAGAGGGCUAGAGAGGGCCAUUAUCAAGGCCGUUCUCAAGCUGAUCGUAAUAAAUAUCAAUUUGAGGCAGAUGAAGAAGAUGAUGCCAUAGAAGAUGAAAUUGAUCAUAACUUGGAUUUGCUUGGUGAUGCAACUGCAAGAUUAAAGGCUAUGGCUGUUACUAUGAAUGAUGAACUUUCUAGUCAAAAUAAGCAACUAGAUAAAAUUAAUAGAAAAGUGGAUCCUAUUAAUUCAAAACUGAUAUCUACUACAUAUACUUUAAACUCAACAAGAUAA